GGGGUGAGGGGUUGGCUCCCGGUUGUCAGUGCUCCGCAGCUCCGGCUGGGACCGGGAGAUUCGGUCCUGCCUCUUAGCCCGCGAGGAUUAUAAUGCUCAUAACACUUUUGGAAAAUAAGGGAAAGUAAAAGAAGAAAAAUCAUACUAAUGCCUAUUCAGAACACUGCCUAGGAACGGUCUUCGAGACCUAAUUAAGAGCGAUUUCCUUGCUUUCUGUCCCUGUGUCUUUCAUAAGGGCUGCCAAGCACAAUGAAGGUUCUCUUAUUGAAGGAUGCCAAGGAUGAUGACAGUGGCCAGGAUCCAUAUAUCCAGGAACUGGGAUUGUACGGACUGGAAGCUACGCUAAUUCCUGUUCUGUCCUUUGAGUUUUUGUCUCUUCCCAGUUUGUCAGAAAAGCUGUCUCAUCCCGAAGGCUUUGGAGGACUCAUUUUCACCAGCCCCAGGGCAGUGGAAGCAGUGAAGCUGUGUUUGGAGAAGGACAAUAAAACUGAAGACUGGGAAAAGUCUCUGAAAAACAGAUGGAAUGCCAAGUCUGUGUAUGUAGUUGGAAGUGCCACUGCUUCUCUAGUGAAUAAAAUCGGCCUGGAUGCAGAAGGAGCACACAGUGGAAAUGCAGAGAAGCUUGCUGAAUAUAUUUGCUCCAGGCCAUCUUCAGAACUGCCUCUUCUCUUUCCCUGUGGAACUAUCAAAGGAGAUACUCUUCCAAAAAUGCUCAAGGACAAAGGGAUCCCCAUGGAAAGCAUGCAUGUCUAUCAGACAAUUCCACAUCCUGGAAUCCAAGGGAACCUGGAGAGCUACUAUGAAAGUCAGGGCAUCCCAGCCAGCAUCACAUUUUUCAGUCCCUCCGGCCUAAAAUACAGCCUGGAGUAUAUUCAGGCAUUAUCUGGUGGCAGCUUUGAUCAGAUCAAGUGACCACAUGGCCUGUGGGGUGACCAUCUGUGCACCGAGAGGUCACACAUCUGUCAGUGAGCAUAUGCCUGUGCCCAGCACUGAACACAUAAUUCGUUCACCCUGACCACCUCAUGUAAUCCCCCAGCAGCCCAGCGGACAGCCUGGUUAGAGAUAAGGAGGUGGGGGCAGAACCCUGGCCUUCCAGCUUAUGGCUGUUCUGUGUUCCUGGAGAUCCAGACCCACCUUGGCACCCCACACUCCCCAGAGCCCCUGGAAUUGAGGCAGAACUGUCUGCAGCUGGAGCCCCUGAGAAAAUGGUGCCUUCCCCAGGCUUUGUCCCCACACACCCAAUCCUAAGGCUAUGUGCACUUAGGGCAGGAGACUUGUACAGACUCUGAAGCCAGCUUCAGAUCAGGUGGCAGUGUUGUCUAUGUGAAACAUCCGUAGGAAUGACGUCCUAACGGAAAGUCUGUCCAGAUGACGCCCCGCACACAGCCCUUGCUGGGGUCCUGAGGCCGUGUCUCUUGUGUCUUGCCUCC